CGCCGCGGCAGCGUCGGCUCCGCCACUAUGCGGCCGCUCCUCGGCUGAGAUGUGACAGAGGUGCGGCAGGAACCACCGACUCCGAACAGAACCCGGAACCGAACCAGCAGGACAGAACCGGCUCGAAUCGGCCGUCUUCCGGUCGUCUCGACCAUUUAAUCCUUCCUCUCGGAGCUCCGUGUCCCGGCGGCGGCUUCCUGUUAUUGUCACAGCCCGCUCCGGUGGAUUUCACUGAUUAACGGCUGGAUCUUGGUCGGCUCCUCUUCCUCGCCGCCUGCGGGAUGGAGGACUCGGAGACGGAGCUGACGGUGUCGGAGUCGGACGCCCUGGGCGCGGACUUCAUCACGGUGGAGCUGGACACGCAGCCCAUCGAGUACGUGGUGAAGUGGGCCGAGGUCGGCUCCAAGUUCACCAUCUCCUGCGUGAAGAAGGACUCGGAUGAGGCGGAGGAGCUGACGGCGGAGCCGCUGAAGAUCGAGGCGGACGAGGCCUUCUUCGCGCCGUACGAGGAGGUGUUCCCCUGCGAGGUGACGGAGCAGAGCGUGGAGAUCAAGACGGACUCGGACGAGGAGGAUGAGGACGGCGAGGAGACGCGGCUGCUGCUGGAGGCCGGUGGCGGCGCGCCGGACGGCGAGGCGGACCCGGACGGGGACUACUACGAGCCGGAGGGCCGGCAGUACCGCUGCAGCUACUGCGGGAAGCGCUAUAGCCACGCCUCCAGCCUGUACCGACACCAGCAGACCCACACGGGCCGGACCGGGCCGCCGCCGGCCGCCAAGAGAACCCUGGAGCCGUCGCACCCCGACGCCCGCUACUCCUGCCCGCACUGCGGCAUGAGCUUCAAGGGCAGCAGGAUGCUGGGCAGCCACCUGCGGCUCCAUGGGAAGCGGCGCAUCCACCCCUGCAACAUCUGUGGGAAGGAGUUCAACCACAGCUCCAGCCUGUCGCGCCAUCGCCUCGUCCACAAGAAGGGGAAGGGCGGGGCCAGGGAGGCGGAGCCCGCCGCUGCCCUGCGCCACAAGGCCGCCGCCAGGAACAAGAAGCCCCGUAAGGCGGGCGGCGGCGCGGCGGCGGGCCCGGCGGCGGACCGGUUCUACGCCUGCCCGCAGUGCGACCUGAGCUUCCGGACGUCCACCCAGCUGUCCAAGCACCAGGUGAGCCACGUGAAGGAGCUGCUGGACAGCUACACGCCCGGCAAGGAGAACCUGGGCGAGAGCUCGUCCGACCUCAAGAUCCGCCUCAAGCUCUGCUCCCGCGACAAGCCCAACUUCUACACCCUGUGCAAGAAGAACCGCCGCCGCCGCGGGGGGCGGCCCCCCCGCGGGGCCGACGACGACCCGGAGGCCGGUGCCGGGGAGCCGGGCGGCCACCGCCACGCCUGCGACCUCUGCGGGAAGAGCUUCAGCCACGCCUCCAGGCUGGCGCGGCACCAGCAGACUCACGGCGCCGGCCCGGGAAAGCCCGUCCUCGCCAAGCCGGGCCUGGCCGCCUCCAAGUCCAAGACCUACGUGUGCGCGGCGUGCAACAAGACCUUCAUGCACUCCUCCAGCUUCUCCCGCCACAAGAAGGCACACCUGCAGGCCGCCCACCUGCAGGCCGCCGCCCUGAGCCGCAGCCCUCCCAUGGUGGACGAGACCGCCCCGCUGGAGUCCGACUCCGAGUGAGGGUCUCUUUGACCCGGACCCGUUCUGGGUUGGUUCUGGACCGGCGCCGACCGGUUCCGGACCGGUUCUGGGACCAGUUGUGGUCAGAGUGAGAAAUGUUCUGGACCCGUUGGGAUUCUAGUUCUCCAGGUUUCAGGAACUGGAACUGGUUCUGUGUAGAUAGCAGCAGGACGGCCAUAUAUGGGCGUGUCGGCCGCUUCCAUAUAUGGUCAGAAGGGACCGUUAGCUUCCUGCUCCUCUGAUUGGGCUUACAGGCAAUCCACCUGUUCUGGUCCCGCCCCCUGCCCCGCCCCCUCCUCAAACAGUCCCAGAGCCUCAUGGGAAAUGGAGUCAAGGCCAGCAGACUCUUCAGUAAACUGACUGCUGAUUGGACGGUUCAAAUGAAACCUGUGAAAUUGGUUAUUGAUCAGCGAUCGGUUCCUACGGAUAAUCUGUCACCAACAUAAAAGCGUUUCCUGCGGAUGCCCCGCCCCCUUCACUCUGUGUUCCUGCUCGACACUUUGAGUUUUAUUGUGUGAAUUGGAGUUAAUUUAAUGGUGAUUUAUUUAUAAAUGUGUGGGCCCCCCGACCCCCACCUCCUGUAGAAGAUAAGCAGCACUUGAUGCCCCGCCCCUUAAUACCCUUCCCCCCCCCCCCCCCCCCCCCCCCCCCCCCCCAUCGUGUUGGUUUGUUUGGGUUUGGUUCUGCAGAUA